AUGAAGGUCCCCGUGACAAUGUUAUCUCAGGAGAUUCAUCGAAACUCAGUUUCUCUUCGUAUCUACAGUGUGGUUACUGUUUUAUCUAGUAUAGACGACUUGUUUGAAUGCGAAGAGCUCAGCGCUGCCGCAGACACAGGCUGGCCCGACUGCUUCAACUCCGGAGUGUUUGUUUUCCGGCCCAGUCUUGACACCUACUCAGGAAUCCUUAAGCUGGCCUCGGACGAGGGCAGUUUUGACGGAGGAGACCAGGGCUUCAUAGGAUACGUUCCUCAUCAGACGAUGAUCGAGUACUGUCGCUCUACAUUCGUUCAACUCGAUUCUGGACCCCACCUGAUGCAGUCCUCCUUUGAUUCGGGGUGCGCCUCCCUCAGCGAGUCCAGUCGUUUUCGCUUUCCAAGUCUAAGCUCAAAUUGGGGCUCAUUUGGCUAUAGAUUUGAAGAGUUCGCCAGCAAUCUUUACUGUCCUCGAAACCGCAAUCUGACAAGUACCAUCACGCCAAUGCUGACGAUAAUCAAUGAUACACGAGUGAAAUCGUUUUCGUAA